AUGUUUUCGAAACAUACAGAAGAGAUGUUUCAAGUAGUUUUAACACUGUUAUUGCUGCUGCGGUCGGCCGUCAGUCAUCCGAUCCGGCUAAAUAGCGAAGAAUGUCAGUAUCCGUCGGAAAACAAUGUUGAGGGAAUGUACAAUGCACCACCGCCGUGUGGCGAAGGAAGAUUCCGAGAUCCGCUCGAGAUCUUAGGCGUGAAAUUCCCGGAAUCCAGAAUCAAGCACCUGUGCAAGGCUGACGUGUACAUGUAUGCCGACAAGAUUUCGAACGUGAGUUUUCCGCCGGACGCCAUCAAACUCUGCGGGUGCGUGUGCGAAGGUUACCAAGACACCAUGGUGUUCGACGUCGGUGUGAAAGUGAAGGUGAUCAACGCCAAUUGCGAUUACACCGGCGCGACGAUCAUCAAACAACAUUCGGCGAACGAAACGCACGCGGCCGUGUGUCCGGACCUGAGCACCGCGUGCGUGUGCACGUAUAACGUCCGCUGCAACCAACGGACGCGGCCGAUCACGUACACGUUGACUCCGAACCAACAGGGAUAUCUCAGGGUAGAGGUAGCCGACUGCGGCAAUUCAAAUAUCACUUGA